CCCUGCAAUGAUCCAUCAAGGGGGCUCGGGGCUAUUAAACGCAUUAUAUAUGAUUAAAUGAUCAUAUUUUAUUCUGUUGCGCUCGAUGCGCCGAUCGGAUAAUAAUUUACGCUAAUUUCCAAAUUUUGUGUUCUUAGUAAAUAGUCGAUUUUCUUUCUUCCAAUCACUCAGUGUUUCAAAAGUGUAAAAUUCCCUUUAAAGAUUGUAAAUCGAUUAAAACCACUUGUUGAACAAACGCAAGACCCCUACCUGCGUUCCAGGAAGCAUCCUCAUUUUCGACAGUGUCAAUGAUUGGAAGUUGGUGAAGGGUGAUGCAGGGCACGAUGCCAGUGAAAACAAAGUCUCGUGUGCCGGAAACAAUGGGUGUUGCAGAUGGACUCGUGGAUGCUAGAGCAAAACAAGUGUUACGAGAAGCAGUAGACGCAGUUGUCAACAGUUUCGCUAAACACACACAGGGCUACGGAAGAGUCAAUGUGGUCGAAGCUCUUCAGGAAUUUUGGCAAAUGAAGCAAAGUAGAGGAACGGAACUUCGGAAUGGAGCUCUUGUUAUUUAUGAAUCAGUACCUGGAGCAAAUCCUCCUUACGUUUGUUACGUGACACUUCCCGGAGGCUCGUGUUUUGGUAGUUUUCAAAAUUGCCCAACAAAGGCGGAAGCCCGACGAUCAGCGGCAAAAAUUGCACUUAUGAAUUCAGUUUUCAAUGAACACCCGUCAAGGAAAAUUACCGAUGAUUUUAUUGAGAAAGCGGUAGCCGAAGCUAGAGCUAGUUUCGCUAAGCCUUCAGCUGCAAAUGGCAUUAGUAAUAAAAUCCAAGGGAAGAUAGACGAUAAGGAAGAUCCGAAUACUGGAAUAGGAGCAUUUCGUUUUAUGCUCGAGUGCAAUCGUGGUCGAACAAUGCUCGAAUUUCAAGAAUUGAUGACUGUAUUUCAACUGCUUCAUUGGAAUGGCUCAUUAAAAGCAAUGCGAGAAAGACAAUGCAGUCGUCAGGAGGUUGUUGCACACUAUAGUCACAGGGCUCUCGACGAUGAUAUGCGCAGUCAAAUGGCCCUCGAUUGGGUUGCCAGGGAACACGAGAGUGGAGGCGGUGUUGUUGCAAUGGAAUUGUCACUUGCCGAACGCGAACUCGAAACCGCACGACUAGCAGGUCGUGAACUUCGAUUUCCCAAGGAGAAGAAGGAUAUUUUGAUGCUUGCUCACGCUCAGGUUUGCCCUCAAUAACUUGACAAUCACAAAAUUUACAAAAAAAAAACAACAUAUUAUGCUAAAUUAGCAAAAUCUAAUCUAUUUUUUUAGAGAAAAAAAAGA